AUGUCAUAGAAUUCCAAAAACGUGGACUACCUCACGUCCAUAUGCUAAUAUGGCUCGACGCUGCUUCGAAGAGGAAACUCAAUGAUGAUGUUGAUAGUUUUGUAAGUGCUGAAAUACCUGAUCCAAUAAAAGAUCCAGUUGGUUAUGCAGCUGUUUCCUCAUUUAUGAUCCACGGCCCUUGUGGUUUCCAAAGGAAAAAUUCCCCCUGUAUGAAGGAUUCAAAGUGUACCAAAUACUUUCCAAAGAAGUAUUGUCCGGAGACAUAUUUUGACCAAUCGGGAUUCCCUGUCUACAAAAGGCGCGACACUAAAAUUACUGUCCGGAAGAACAAUGUGGAUCUUGAUAAUCAAUUUGUCGUGCCUUACAACCGUGAUCUCCUGGUCAAAUAUCAAUGUCAUAUGAACAUUGAAAUUUGUUGCCACGCACGAACUCUCAAGUACUUAUUCAAGUACUGCCUCAAAGGACAUGAUCGUGCUACUGUCGAAUUGUCAACCAAGAAGAAGCAAGACACUGAUGACUCCAAGCCUAUCGAUGAGAUUCAAUCUUACUUUGACGGGAGAUACAUAUGUGGAUGUGAGGCUGCGUAUAGAAUUUUUGGAUUUGAUAUACAUUAUCGAUCCGUGUCUGUCCAUCGCCUCUCAUUUCAUUUACCAGGCAAUAAAAACUGCACUUUCAAGGAAGAUGAGAAUCUGCAAAAAGUUGUGCAGCGUGAAAAAUGGAAACUCAGUCAACUUGAGGCUUUCUUCAAACUAAACAAGGAUGAUCCAUCUGCUAGGAAAUACACUUAUGAUGAGAUUCCACAACAUUAUGUGUGGAAUGAAACUGAUCAUGUCUGGACAGUGAGGAAGAGAGGCCAGCAAAUCGGACGUUUGUUGUAUACACAUCAUAAUUCUGGAGAGAUUUGGUAUCUCAGGUUGUUACUGACCAAGGUUAGAGGUCCAACUUCUUUCAAUGCUCUUAAAACUGUACAUGGUGUGGUUUACAACACUUUUAAAGAUGCGUGUAGAAAACUGGGAUUGCUUGACGAUGACAAUGAAUGGGACGAAGUAAUGGAUGAGUGUGCCAAGUGUGGAUUUCCUCCUCAAAUAAGAGAGCUUUUUGUUCAUAUCAUGAUCAACUGUCAAGUGACUGACCUAGGAAGUUUGUGGACAAAGCACUGGAAACACAUGGUCGAUGAUAUCAUUCUUCGUAAGAGACAGCAAUCUGGUAAUACAAACACUAAUUUCAGUGACAAGCAACUACAAUUUUAUGCAUUAGCAGAAAUAGACAAGAUCCUAAGAACGAUUGGAAAAUGUUUGAAGCAAUUCAGCCAAUUGCCACAGCCACCAGUGAGCUAUAUUCAAACUGAUGCAAACAAUUUGAUUGUUGAUGAAACCAGUUACGACAUAGAGGAAAUGGAGAGAGAGUUUCUCAAACUUCAUUCAAAUUGCAACCCUGAACAACUAUCAGUCUAUGAUGCCGUUUUUCAAUCUGUGACUGAAAACAAAGGAGGUGUUUUCUUUGUUUAUGGGAGCGGCGGCUGUGGUAAGACAUAUGUUUGGAAGACUCUAAUUUACAAGUUGAGAUCACAGGGAAAGAUUGUUCUGCCAGUGGCUUCCUCGGGUAUCGCAGCUACCUUAAUGCCUGGAGGAAGGACAGCCCACUCCCGUUUCAAGAUCCCAAUUGUAUUGGAUGAAUAUUCCUCAUGUGCAAUAAAUCUGAAUUCGGAUAUUGCUAAUCUAAUCAAGUGCACGAGUCUGAUUAUAUGGGACGAGGCUCCCAUGCAACACAGGUACGCAUUUGAAUGUCUAGACCGAUCACUGAGAGACAUAAUGAAAACUCUUAAUCCGGACAAUUUCAACAAGCCGUUUGGAGGUAUCACCGUUCUACUCGGUGGAGAUUUUCGGCAGAUAUUGCCAGUCAUCAACAUGGGAGGUCGUGCUGACAUUGUGGCUGCAUGCAUAACUCGGUCAAGAAUAUGGAAAGAGGCAAUCAUUUUCAUCUUAAAGCAAAACAUGAGACUUAACCAAGGACAGAAUGCUGAGGAAAAGGAGAAUUUACGCAAGUUUGCUGAAUGGGUACUUCAAAUCGGUGAUGGCAAGUUAUCUCCUCCAACUGAUGAAUUAAGUGUUGUUGAUGAAGAUUCAAUCAUGAUUCCAGCAGAUUUUUGUGAUCCAGAAACUGAAAACUCUGUUAAAAAUAUGAUUGAGUGGACGUAUCCCAGUUUUACCACAAACUUUCAAAAUCCUGCUUAUCUUAGUGAGAGAGCAAUAUUGACGCCGACCAAUGUCACUGUUGCUCACUUGAAUUCCAAUAUUGUUGAGACAAUUCCGGGAGAUCAAGCUUCUUACUAUAGUGUUGACAGAGCGGAGGAUUUUGGUGGCAGCGAUUCUGAUCUUAGUUUUGCAUUCCCCCCUGAAUAUAUCAACUCAUACAAUAUUCCAGGUCUUCCGCAUCAUGAACUGAAACUAAAGGUUGGCGUGGCUGUUAUGUUAAUGCGAAACUUAAACCAGACGCUUGGACUGUGCAACGGGACCAGAAUGAUGAUCACAAAGUGCCUGAAGCAUUGUGUUCAGUGUGAGGUAAUAUGUGGAGCAUUUGCAGGUACGAAACACUUUAUUCCAAGGAUGGAACUCUUUCCAACCGAAACCAAGCUACCAUUCAAGCUGAUUCGCAAGCAAAUGCCGCUGCAAAUUUGUUAUUCCAUGACGAUCAACAAAGCUCAAGGACAGUCUCUACAAAGAGUUGGUCUUUAUCUUCCGAAGUCAGUUUUUACACACGGACAAAUGUACGUGGCUGUAAGUCGGGUUACCUCACCUGAAGGUUUGAAGAUGUUCAUUGAUUCUGAUCAUGGUGUUCCAACUAAUGUUACCAGAAAUGUAGUCUACCAAGAAGUUUUCUACAAUCUCCCUAAGCUGUAAUCUAAGCUGUUCUUUGCAAAUUAGAAUUUUAUAUCCUAAGUAUUGAAUGUUAAGACAUGAUUUAUUAGACAAUCCAAGACAAGGCUUAUUAGACAAUGCCUAUUAAUUUCUAAGCUGUUAAUUGUUUUGUUGGCUGUUAGUUGUUGUUUAUCUCUUAUCUAAAUGUA